CUUUCCCCCGUCAGCCGCGCGUGCGUUCGGCGUGGGGGGCUUGUGUAUUGCGUUUAUGCGGCGUCAGGUCCUCGCUUGCUUGUAGACACCGGUUCUAGGGCUCCUCGUGAGAGGCGCGUGCAAAUCCCUUAAUGCGCGCAGCAUUCGAGGUGUUAAUUAGAAUUGAAUUAGCGGCUCGCCUGCAGACUCCGACCGGCCCGCCAUUCACGAAAAGCUCGGCUUGGCGGCUCAGCGGUCAGGGAGCGUCCGUAAAUACCUCACCGCAGGCAUCAGCGUACAAAGGCGAACGGUGCGCUCCCCAAAAUAACAAAAGGAUGUCGUUUACGUGGGUAACGUGCUGUCAGCACAGCCGGCGGAUGGAAACAACGGGGGGCCCUGAUAACAAGCAACGGAUCCCUUCAACUACAACUCGCCGUGUCAUUUCCUCGACAGCCUCUUCUUUGUUGUGAAUGGAGCGAGGACGCGCCAGUUUGGCUUUUUGUACAUUUUCCUAAUGUAAAUAUCACUUCAGAUUUCUGCAGGCUUAUGUCACCAUACCGGCGACAUCUCACUAGACCGAGUGCGACAAAAGGAGUCGGCUGUCUCUCUCUCUCUAGGUGACGCUUGCAGGCAUUUUGUCGACGCCCCCUGUCUUCCGGGGCCGCGCAGCGCGAAGGGAGGGCUGGCGCGCGCACGCGCGUGCAGGCAGGCUCACGAGCUCCAGUCAGUGUGAAGCCGCCUUCUGUCUGCGCCUUUGACACUUGAAAGUUUGUCCGCCGCUCGCGUCCUCCUCACACAGCCAUUCGAGGCGAGCCGUCGGGCUGGGAACGUGGUUCGGUGCACCGAGAGCAGCACGGGAGGGAUGAGCACAUCGCGAACCUUCGGGUAACGGCGACCCCCCCACGGCAUUAAAGUUCCCGCUGGAGCUAGCGGGAUGGAGUAGGCUGGAGCGCUUGGUUAGCGCGUGCUCAACUCAACCGUAGGACAGGAGCGAAGCGGAGAAAAGAUGACCGAAGACGCCGUGCCGGACGCUUCUCUGCAGGCGCCUAAAGAUUUGGAGCGGCAGCUUCGUCUGCGACUCUGUGUCUUGAACGAGAUUCUCAAAACGGAGAGAGACUACGUGGAGAACCUGCUCUUCCUACAGUCGACUGGCAGUAACACCACAGCCUGGCAUUUCAAGGCCCCUAUCUUGUCCUUUAAGGGUUGGCCUUCUUCCUGCCACUCGCCCUGUCAAACCUGCAACACAAAGUCUCCUCUUCACAAAACAAACUGAC